GUGGAGUGUGAUGCGUGAAAGUCAACGUGGGGUGAGGUAGUGAAAUGAUUGUGGGCAAGAGUAAAAUUUGGAGAGGCACCAGUUCCAACGCAGGUACAGGCAGCAAAAUAGCUUGGGCCAGUCCCGGGAAGAGCAAUCAGCUCUGGACUAGAAUUACCAAUUAUCCGAGCAUAAAGAAUCUACAAAGCAGAUUAACUGAAUAAGUAAAGACUAGCAGGCGCAUUUUAAAACAUGUGUUCACAAUACAGAGACAUAGUAAAUAGAGUUAAAAGGUCGGAACACGCGCGCGAACGUUGAGGUGUAUUACAACCUUGUAAGUACACUGGCGGGCAGCUCCUUUUCUACACCUCUCCGUUGUGCCUGCUUAACUUGACAGGGGAGAGUAAAAAUGCCUGUAAAGAGGAGUCUACACUACAUUUGUUUCUCACUAUUUCACGGCGUUGGCGUAAUUUUACCUGACAGCAGGGACGGAAGCUUCGUUCGGCUUCAAUUUGCCGUUAUGGCGUUUGCGUAGAGGGCGCUCGUACCAGCUCGGCAAAGUCACGGGAAAUAGAGCUACUCUUCGCCGACGCUUUGAGGAAGUACUGCAAUUGGAUUGUGCCGUCCGUGACGUGAGCCUUUUCCUUGACCAGAGAGAAGGCGCUCUCUAUGGCGUUGGACCUUAUGCAAGUCCCCGGCCUGAGGCCUGUGCAGAAGGCAACUCUAGGGUACCUUCAGUAUGGGCAUUAAAAAGUGACACUCUGCUUUCUAUGCUAGAAUCUUAAAGAUUCGUUUAAGAUUCAUUCCUGUCUUAAAGAUCCAUUCCUGUUUGACCUUUGACUAUGAUGCAACAAGCUUUAGAACUUGCACUGGAUCGUGCUGAGUAUAUCAUUGAAAGUGCACGUCAGAGGCCUCCCAAACGAAAAUAUUUAUCUGGUGGAAGAAAAUCAGUAUUUCAAAAAUUAUAUGAACUGUAUCUAGAAGAAUGUGAUAAAGAACCUGAAAUAAAGCAGAAGCUGAGAAGAAAUGUGAACUUGUUGGAGAAACUAGUUAUGCAAGAGACAUUGUCAUGCCUGGUUGUGAACCUGUAUCCAGGAAAUGAAGGAUAUUCUCUGAUGCUCAGAGGAAAGAAUGGCUCAGAUUCAGAAACCAUUCGACUUCCCUAUGAAGAGGGAGAAUUGCUUGAAUAUUUAGAUGCAGAAGAGCUGCCCCCUAUUUUAGUUGAUCUUCUGGAAAAAUCUCAGAUUAAUAUUUUCCAUUGUGGAUGUGUUAUAACAGAAAUACGUGACUAUAGACAGUCUGGAAAUUUGAAAUCUCCAACGUACCAAAGCAAGCACAUUCUUUUGCGCCCAACAAUGCAGACCUUGAUUUGUGACGUGCAUUCCAUUACAAGUGACAACCACAAAUGGUCACAGGAGGACAAACUGCUUUUAGAAAGUCAACUUAUACUGGCUACAGCAGAACCUCUUUGUCUAGAUCCAUCAAUUGCGGUAACCUGCACGACAAACAGACUUCUUUAUAACAAGCAGAAAAUGAAUACACGCCCAAUGAAACGGUGCUUCAAGAGAUACUCCAGGUCAUCUCUGAAUCGACAACAGGAAGUGUCUUACUGCACAACUCCACCACAGCUCAGGUUGUUUGAUUAUUUGCAAAAAAGAAAGGAGAGGAAAGGAGCUCAACAGCACGACCUCAAAAUUUCUAAAGCUGGAAAUUGUGUAGAUAUGUGGAAACAGCAUCCUUGCUAUUUGACUGUACCAUCUGAAGUAGAUGUGGAAAAAUAUGCUAAAGUAGAAAAAGCUAUCAAGCCUGACGAGUCACAACCAAGUGUCUGGCCAGCUCAUGAAAUAAAAGAUGAUUAUGUCUUUGAAUUUGAAAUUGGCAAUCACCUUCAAAAAACAAAACUGACAAUUUUUCAGACACUGGGAAAUCCAUUAUAUUAUGGUAAAAUACAAAUGAUUAAAAGUGACGAAGACAAUGAAAUCCUAGCAACUCCAUCACAUUUCCUUAUUGGCUCGAAGUCAGAAGCAGAACGAGUAGUCAGCCAGUACCAGGAGCUAAUUCAGAACGAAGCUAAAUGUCCAGUGAAGAUGUUUCGUAAUUCAGUUGGAUCAGACCAUCUUUCUCCUGGGAAGGAAAUAGAACAGCCUGACAGUGUUUCAGGAUACAUUCAGUCUUCAGUACUGGGAAAAGGUGUGAAACACCGGCCUCCUCCUAUCAAACUACCUUCAAAUUCAGGAAGUAGUUCUUCAGGCAUCAUUUUUAGUCCACAGCAGUCAAGUAGCCACCUAAAAUCCCCAACUCCUCCUCCUGCUCCUCCCAAGCCUCCCACUGUGUCUCGGAAGCAAUCCCUGGACCUGAAUCAACUGAGCAUGCUUUCUCCAGCUGCCAUGUCUCCUGCAAGUUCUUCACAAAGGUCUGGAACUCCUAAGCCAUCUACUCCUACUCCUACUCCAACCAACACCCCUUCAUCGACCCCACACCCUCCUGAUGUUGAGAGCUCAACUCUGAUUACCCAAUCUACCACCCCUACUCCCCAAGAUUCAGGCUUCACCCCUCAGUCCACCAUGUUAACCCCAUUUGCUCAGCAGCAGUUGUCUCUGAGCCAGGCUCUGCCUGUAAUGACCAUUCCUCUUUCCACCAUGGUAACAUCCAUUGCUACAGGAACCUCCUCCAGCCAGGUCAUGACAAGCACUGCAGGAUUUAACUUCAUCAAUGUAGUGGGCUCUAUGUGUGGAGCACAGACAUUGAUGAGUGGCUCAAACCCCAUGCUGGGAUGUAGUACUGGUGCAACAAGCCCUGCAGGUAUAAAUCUAAGCAGCAUUUUACCAUCAGGAGGUCUGAUACCAAGUGCUCUACCUUCUGGAAUGCCACCUACCUCUCAGCCUGCUUCCAGGUGGCCCACUGAUUUUCAACACUCUCCAGCAGCAACAGCAGCUCUCCCAAUUUUCAUCACAACAGCCCUUAACUUCAAAUCUUCAGCCACAGGGAGAUCAGGUAGGCAUACAAAUACAGUAGAAAUAAAGGGUCAGUGGGGUUAUACACAUACUUUUGUGACCUACCUUGCCAAUUUUCUGUAGGAUAGGGUAGGCAGGAACAAAAUUAACUAGUAAGCUGCCACCACUCCCAGGUCUUUCACUGCAGCUCGACAAUAGGAAGCCUCAAGCCUUUAGAAUAUAAUUUGGGUAGCUGAAAUAAGGGUGCAAGCAGCCAUUCUCUAUUUCAUACUCACUAACCUGAAAUAAUAUGCAGUAACAGGACAAAGCAGCUGCGAGGCACUGAAUGUAGCAUUGGGCUUAUCCAGAAGAAGCACAAGUUUAAGAGGCUUAAAGGAAUUUUUAUCAAGGGAAUUUAUGAGGAAAUGGGGAAAGGACAAAAGAGGGAAGAAAAAGUGAACAAAACAGGCAAAACAUGAUACAGGGUGUUUAAUGUGACACCUCAAGCAAAUCAGUAUAAACCUAAUUAACUUAUAAAUUACUGGAGCGAUAUGUCCCUUAAGGUCUAUGUUCCAGCCAGGGUCCACAGGCCAGAGCCUACAGUCUGGAUGGCAUCAAUGAAGCAAUGCAAAAGACUAUUCCCUCCUUGUCUUGUUUUGUCCCCCACUUCCUCCAUGGACAUCCUCAACAGUUUUUCUUUACCCAGUCAAGACUUAAUCCACUCUCUCACCAUCUUAAGGAAGGCCCAUCUUCCUCAAGGGAGGCCACAAGUUUGAACAAUAAAGCUGAAAACAUUGUGACCUGGAAUGCCAGUUGACUAGCCCUGAUAACUGUGUGGUAAAUCCUCAAGGCCUUCACAAGGCCAAGGCAUGUGGUGACAGCAUAUAAAGGUUUUAAAUAAAUAAAUAAAUUCAGUUCUCAGCUAAGGCCCGAAGAAGGAGAAUUAAUUCACAGAUCUGUCAGUCCAUGUAGAUCGUGCCCCAGUGUAUCUUCAGAGUUGCUUUUGUUCAUGAUAACUGCACACGUUAUAGAUUUGAAAUAACAGCUGAAGCCAAAAUCAAAGGACUUAACCUCAGAAGAAAGCUGUGCUAACACAGGAUGUUUUCUUGUAUGGUCUAAUACUAUUGGUUGGCCCUUCCUUAUUGUGAGGGGCAGUGGCUUUCAGAAAGAUAUCUUUUUUCAGCCCUGAGAUCUUUCAUUCAUUUCUGUAAUAGCCAAAGCUCUCUAGGCAGUUCACAAAAAUUACAAAUAAAGAUGCAACAGAUUAACGUAUUUCUUUAAGUGAACAUGUCCAGUGCUGAACCUAGGACCUUCUUUAUGCAAAGCAUGCAUUUUGCCCACGCUCAGACAUUUUGAACAUAUGAAGCUGUCCUACUAGGUAAGAUGGCCAUUAAUCUAUCUAACCCGGUUUUAGCCAAAGCUAAGUUUGGAUGUUAGCCAAAGCUUGAAUCUGAGCCCCUCUGCAUAGCUCUGCUAUUGAGCUAAUGUAUUCUAUUAAAGUUUUGUGGGUUUUGCAUGGUUGAAGCUGCUCUAGUUUCCCCACCCAACACAAAUUUUAACUUCAACUUAGCUUUGUGGCUGCACCCAUUAACACCCAACCUUUAUGACUAACCUGUGUGCCACAGUUUAAGGGGUUUUUUCCUAAUAAAGAGAGAAUCAUUAUCCUUAUAUUGUGAAGAACAGAAUAGAUGUGACAUGAUGUAUCUCCCUAUAAAAUCAAAUUAUGCAUAAUGAUGCAAAACCCUCCUUACACAUUGGGGACCAUGCCUAAUUUACACCUUUCCCUCAUUUCCAUUGAUCACAAAGGAGGUAAUCAAGAGAUGGGAAGGCAGGACACUCAGUAUUCAAAAAUCCCAUCAUUUGCACAAUGAUGACCAAAAUAUC